AAUUUAUUUGUAGUGUUUUUGUGUUAUUAAUUAAUUAUCAUGUCCACCUACCAAGAUUGUCAGAAUCUUAUAAAUAAUUUGUCGAAUUUAAAAAUGGAUACCAGAGAUGAUACUAGUGGCGAUUCUUCUUUAUCGCCCUCAAAUGCCUCACCACCGGAUUUUGAUUUUAAUUUGCCGUGUCGCUUUUUCAAAAGUUCUUUUGCUCGAUCACUUUCACUCACCAAUGCCAGCAGCAAUAGCAAUAAUACAUGCAAAUCUUUGGAUUAUGACAUGCAUUCUAAUAAUGGCAACAGCAACAACAACAAAUUGUCUUGUCUCAAAAGAGACAAGACAACAGCUGUGGCUGCAGUGCCACCACUGCCACAAAGACGUUUAAGUCAAGCCGGAUCAUUUUACCAGCAGAAUGAGGCCACCAGCACUAGUGAACAGAAACAAGUUGCUGAUGAGCAGGAAAAGCCUCCUGCUUUGCCAGCCAGACGCCCUCUGAGUCUGCACAAUUUGACGUUGCCUCAGAACUUGAGUGUCAGCGAGUGUCACAUGAAUGCGGAGCAAAAAUUGCAACAGCAACAAAACGUGUUGACACAAUUAAGACAACAGGCCUACAAACAGGCCACCAAUAAUUCUAAUAACAAUUCAAUAAUGCCGGUAAAUGGCAAUACCAACAACAACAACAAUAAUAAUAACAACAACAAAAACUACAACAAUCAGUCCACUCAACAACCAACUUUAAAUCAGAAACCCCAGUCUCAUCAUUUUACAGCUCCCAAUAGUGUUUGCAAUCAAAAUAUUCAAAAUAACAACGGCUGCAACAGUAGCAGUGUUAACAACAACAACAACAAGAACAACCACUUUAGAAGGAAUAUUAUCAACAACAACAACAAUCACACUGUCUGGUCGCAUCAACAGAAAAAUGUGGAACAGGACUGCAAUAUCUGCAAUUUCGAUCAGGUCGAAGAAGACGGCAAUGGCGAAGAUUUCCAUUCAAAUUAUCAUGAUACAUCAUCAACAGUCGGUGAUUACAAUAAUCACUUUCAUAAUUCCCAUCAAAUGUUGCAUAUGAUACCAACAAUAAAUAUUCACAACCAGCAACAGCUGCAGCAACAACAACAACAGCAUCAUCACCAGCAGCAGCAGCAACAUCAAAUGCCAUCAUAUGAAAUCUUAAAUGACAAUACCACAAAUGUGGAAGCUGUAAUAUUACAAAAUCAAGUGGACACACUGCAAUGGCAAUUAAAACAGGUGGAAACCAGUUGUGACAUGUAUCGUGCUGUUAUGGAGGAAGUGGCAAGAUUUCUUGAACGUUACCAAAGUCAAAAGCAACUUCAACAACAACAGCAACAACAGCAAUUGCAACAGCAACAGAUGGCGGCACAGAAACACAACAACACCAUCAACAUAAACAUCAGCAAUAGCAACAACAACAGCAACAGUAAUAAAAUGGAACAAAUUCCACGCUCAAAAAGUCUGUUUCAGGUUUAUGUAGCCGGAGGUCAUGAGAAGUCUGCUAAUGGUAACAGCAAUUUGGAUGAGACAUCAACAUCUUUAUCGUCGACUUCAUCAACGUCAACGUCAUAUUUGCGUGCACGUAGUAGCACCAAUCUAAUAGAUUUGAAACAUCAGCAAUUAAACGGCAAUUGCAACAGCAAGAGCAAUGAUGAUCAUAACUAUGAGACAUGUCUGACACCAUCUCAAUCAUACAGUGCCUUUAAAGAUUUUACCUGGCGUCGUUCACCGAAAAAAUCGGACUCACGACUAAACACUGCCAAAGAUGAUGUCGAAGAGAAACUGAAUCAGGAAGCCUUUCGUCUUUUACGUACCAUACACAAUUUGCUAAAUACUUCACAACAUCAGCCGGACUUGGCUCAUCAUCGUCAUUCCUUAGCUCCGGCUGCGGCCCUACAAAUGGGACGUCUAUCCAAAGCCCUGUCCACCACAUCGGUAAUGACACUGCCGGGACCACCAAUGCUCAAUUCGACAAGCCUUACCAUAGGCGCUAACAGUGCAGGCUCCUCCACACCCGACUCAUCGACCGCCUCGCCCACCAUAUCGACUGCCAACAAUGCUGCCUCCAAUAAUCUUGCCCCCGAAAUGCUUUUCUUGCGUUCUGCCAAUAUGCGUGAUUCUCGCUUAUCUCUACGCAGCUCAACCGAUAGUUCAGUUCAUUCCACCUCAUCGGCCGCUUCGUCGGCCUCGUCUAAAGUGGAGACAGAUGAAGAACACUCGACACCAUUUCACUCGCCCCCUAAUGCACUAACACACAAACAGCAUCAUCAUUUAGCUGGUUCUAGCACAGAAGAUGAAAGUGGCUUUAGUUCCAUUAGUUCAUUCCCCGAUAUUGGUGUACCUCUCAGUUCCACACUGCUGUCAAGUACACCCAGCAGCAGUAAAGGUCGCUCAAUGGCCAAAGAACUAAAAUCACUGAAAGCUAACGAAAGAGACAGAGAUUUACAAACUACCGACAGUCGCAAUUCGACUCUAAAAGCCAAUGUGGUAGGUUUGCCCUUGAACUCUUCGCAAGACAUGUCGCAUCGUUGGGACUCACCCUCGAAGACAUAUCACAAUGCCAGCAAUAAAUUUCAACGAUUUUCUGCUUUAGCCAACGAAGAUUCCAAUACCGUUUUAUGGGUUUAAUUU